CAUAGAAGCUGAGCAGUGGUGAGGGAGAGAGAGAGAAGUGGGAGGAGAGCGGCGGCGUUGCAGCGAGUCGAGCUGCAUCACUGCUGCUGCUCGCCCGCUCUCUCUCUCUGUCUGCUGCAGCCUCAGGAGUGUGUGUGUCGAGUGUGUGAGUGUGUGUGUGAGAGGGAGUGUGUGAGUGUGUGGCGUCGUUAUGGUUCUGAUCGGAGCGGCGAUCAAAUCUGUCCUCAGAUAUCUCAACAAGACCCGAGCAGGGGACAGGGACAGCAAGUGGUCCGUUCACUACACUACCCAGAAGCCUCAGCAGGGUCUGGUCUUCAUCCCUGGAAAGAGACGAUCCGGCAGCGCUGAUGACCUGCAAGCGUGUAAUGGGCUGACUCAGCAUGGCUACGGUGGACCUGCCAGCUCUCACCUCCACCGACCGAGCCCCGCCUCCCCUCCCUCCUCCUCUGGCCUGGGCCAAUCAGAGGGCAGCGCACGCAGAGGGUGGAAGGACAAAAGCAGGAAGAUGUCAUCAGCCUCCUCAGACGAAGACGAGAGGUUCAUCUUGAACAACGCACAGCGACCUCUGACCCCGCUGGUCCUGAACCCCGUCACCUCUUGUUGGGACGUCUUCGCCCCAGCGUACGAGCCGACGAUCGAUGUGGAGAUGGACUCGACCUCCCGGCUUCCAACACCCGAGGAGAAGAUGAGGCAGCAGGCCCAGGCAGUUCCCGCUGAUAUAGUCCCUAUCAACAUAACAGGUGAGAGUUUUGAUCGUCAGGCCAGUUUUCGAAGAACGGCUUCCAACAUCGACUCGUUAUCCCGCCGACCCCGAAACCUGAGCCGCCGCAAGACCGUUACUGGGAUACCUUAUGAUGUCACCCAGAAGCUGGACUCGUCUUCGGUCUCUUUGGUUCUUCCCGGCCAGUACUCCACCGUGGGUCGACCCGCCGCCUCCUCCUCCUGCACCUCCACCCGCCAACAGAAGGACAUGGAGGAGGAGAUGGGAGAAAUCAGAAAGGAGGGGCUGUCGUCGAUAAGGAGGAUCCGGGCUCCAAGAGGAGAGGGGAUGUCCAGCCUCAUGGCCUCCCUCACCUCCUCCCAGCGUGUGGACAGCACCUCCUGCUGCUCCCCCUCCUCUGAGGUCCACAGCCUCCCACAACUGGCGACCAGCUCCUCUCUGAACUCUGAGGCCAGCUGUAACAGCGCCUCCUACCAGACACUCAGUGCCUCCUCAUCUCGCUGCCAGUCACAGGAUCUACAGGGUUUCCCGAGCGACCUCCAGCUACCCCUGCUGCCCCUCGACCCCACUGCCAGAGUCACCCCCCAGUCUCCUAUCUCGUCCUCCUCUUCUUUUCCUUCCUCCCCUGUCACCUCCUCCCUUCCCAGCACCCCGAGCCGUACCCUGCAGUCAGAGUGGUCUUACCCCAGUGAUAAGCCCCUGAACGAGGUCACCCAGCCUCGUGGUUCCCCUUCCUCCUCCCACUAUCUCUCCUCCUCCUCCAUCGCAGACUCAGAGUCUCAGUUUAGCUACCAGGCCCUGGAUGACCAGUGCUCCUAUGAUGGAGGGAGAUGGAGCUACCAGCCCCUCUCCCCCAGCUCCAGCGUCCACAGUGGUCAGACUGGGGGAGACUGGAACGGCAUCACCCAGGAGAUGAGGUGUGUUUCCGGGGAGGGUUGGAGCUGUGAUCCCCUCCUCUCCUCUGGUCGCUCCUCCCCAGCUUACACCGACACCACCUCCCUGUGUUCAGAGAAGACAACAUCCUCUCCACAGCUAAACCGGGAGAAAAGGAAGUCCACCGCCUCCUCCUCCUCCUCCUACUCUCGCUCUGUCACCCGCAGCAUCUCCCUCCGCAAGUCCAAGCGCCCGCCUCCUCCACCGUUACGCUCCGACUCUCUGAGGCGCCGGACAGGUCGCAGUAAAUCCUCCCGAUCCUGCUCCAGUCCUCGUAGGAGUGCAGUCCCCGUCUGGAGCGCACCACCACGUGGACGCCAGUCUCAUUGCCCCCAACCUUCCAGGACCCCUGGGUGCCACGGAGUAACAACCAAAAGACGCCAGAGUGGGCUUAACUGCGGGACGGUCACGACCUUUGAACCCUUAAACCUGAACUGCAAGGCACCAGCCUCCCCUGACUCCCCUCCACCGGAGCACCUACCACCAAGCCCUGGUCACCCCCUCCCCCACGCCCUCACCCCUGGAUCUCCAGGCUCAGAGGAAGAGGGGCUGAGAUUACCUCUCACCCCUCAGCCGGCUGCCUCCUCGGUGGCUGGGCUGCAGCGCCUUGCUUCGCCCUCCAGCGGUUACUCCAGCCAGUCCAACACCCCCAUCCCCGGCACUCCCGUGUCCUCUCCCCUCACCCCUUCCUCCCCUCUCACAGCAAGCCCUGGAGCCUUCUCCCUCCCCCCAACCUCCCCCUUCUCCUCCUCACACUCAUCUGCCUUCCCCCUGUCCCCUGCUGUCUCCUCCCUGCCCAGGACAAGGUCUCAGGGUGAAGGGAGGGCGAAGCCACCGGUGCCAGAGAGGAAGUCGUCGCUCUUCUCCUCCCUCUCCUCCUCAUUUUCCUCCACCUCCUCCCUCUCCUCCUGCACUUCCUCAGACUCUUCUGCCAAGCAUCCUCUCCUCCCUGCUCCUCCUCCUCCCCCUCCCCUACCAGAAUGCUGUCCUCUUUCACCUCCUGUCUUCUCCGCCCCCAUUCAUGAGUCUCCACUUCCUGCUCCUUCUCUUCCUCAGUCCUGCCUGCCUGCUCCUCCUUCCUUCACCAAACUCUCUGCUGCUCCCCCUCCUCCACCCUCAUCUCUUCCUCCACCUCCUCCCCCUCCUCCACCACCACCUCCACCUCUCCCACCUUCAUCCCUCCCCACUCCUCCUCCUCUUCCUCCUUCUUCCCGGCCUCCACCUCCCCCUUACUCCUACGCUGUCAGGCAGACCUCCCAACAUGCUCUGGUCUCCACAAUGUCAUCAUUGACCAGCUUCCCUCCUCCUCCACCUUCCCCACCUCUUCCAUUAGCUUCUCCUCUUCCUCCCCCUUCAGCACUCCCUGAUCUUCCUCCUCCACCACCACCUCCUCCUCUUCCUCCUCCCCCCACAUCUCCUACCUCCCUCCACCCACCAAGUCUGGGCAGUUCUCCAAACCGUUGUGUUAAAGUGGCCACACCUCCCUCCCCCCUGGUCACAGCCCAGGCUUUGCACAGUGUCAAGCUUCGCUCCGUCAAGAACCAGGAAGGCCUGAUCACUAGCACGGUUGUGGCUAAUGCUACACCUACUGGUAGCUUGUCAGCUAAUUCUAACCAGGUUAAUGCUAACCAACCAGGCAAAGACACUGAUCCAGACAAUUGUGUGUUGGCUAACGUCAAUGGUCUGACCAAGACUGAUGCUAAGCUAGCUGGAAGUGUAUCACAAAAUCCUAUCUGUAAUCUUAGUAGCAAUGAAGCUAACAUAACUAGCACGGGCAACAACGAGUUAGCUUAUGCUAAUCUUCAGAGCCUGAGAGGUGUUGUUGCUAGCUCAGCUAACCAGAGAAGCUCUGGAACUCAAGUGUCCGCUCCUCAAGACAUCCAGACCAAUGAGCAAGAGAGGAAAGAUUCAGAAAUGCUUGCUACACUCGAAAACACUCAAGUCACUAGUCCUGAUAGUCCCUGGGUGAAAAUGUCUUGUGACUCUGACAAAAAUCACAUCGACAAUGACACCCAGCAUCCUUCUUUCCAACAAGAACAGGUCAAAGAGACAGUGUUAGCAGAUGCUAAGCUAACAGAGCCUGAAGAGAAACAGGGAAACACUGAAGAUGUUUGGCUCACAGAUUCUUCAUACUGGACCCUGUCGCCAACAAAACAAGAGUCUCACAGAGAAAGCAGAACAAUACUGUCAAAGAGCAAAGACAAUAGUUUAGAAACUGAUGAUUCCACAACAUAUAGUGAUUUCAAACAGGUCCGGUCCCCGGAGAAGCCAGUCCUGCCAAAGAAGCCUGAUCUUUGCAUCCUGGGUCUCAUCGCGUCUCCUGAGGCCAAACGAGGACCAGGUGGGUUGAAGAACACACCUUCUUCUGGGCUCAACACCCAAUCACAGCCUCCCCCUGAUUCCUCCAGCAAUGGUUUGCACACACAUGUGACGCGCAGAGCAUCUUCUCCAAAGCACUUGAUAUGCACCGCUACUGAGAAAACACUGACACACACGACUUCACCUGCCGACAUCACCACAAACUCACCUGUCGGCUCCCCUCAGAGGCAGAAGCCACCAAUUUUGUACAAGAAGCCAGAUCUCUCAUUGACCUCAACCAAAACAACCAAACCAUCAAAAAAUACAGGAGAGUCUUCCAAAGGCACAUCUGGGACCUGUAACAGUAAGAUCCAGAGCCCUACAGGGACCAGUACACCACGGAUCGUGGGUACUGUAGCAUCUAGAAACACACUGGAGGACUGUGGUACCUUAGGACCUUGGGGCACCAUAGAGUGUGGCACCUUAGGCACCACUGGCAUCUAUGGGACCUGUGGCCACCCAGGGAUCAUCGGUACUAAAGGGACUCCAAACACUAUCAAUGGGAUUAUGAAUACCUUGGAGAACUGUGGUACCUCAGGAACAUGGGGAACCUCAGAGAUCUUUAGCACCUUGGGGAACUCAGGGGCUCAUGGUGCUGCUUCAACCCGAACAGGUGGCACCCAAACUGAAGCAACAGACCAGAGGUGUGCCGGGAUGACGAGGACAAGACUUCAUAAGGAUGAUGAGAAAACAUUUCACAAGAGGAUGAUGAGGUCGUCGUUGGCUGAAGAUGAAGAGGAAGACGGGAAGCAGAAGGUGGAAGAGAGAGGGAUGAAGACAGCAAUGAUGAUGAUGAUGAUGACAUCCACCACAAAGGACAAAGCACGGAAGAGGAAGAAGAGGAGGCCGGGCAGGCAGCUGCUUCUGAUGUCAUCAAAAAUGCAGCCCUCCCCCUCUUCAUCGUCGUCGUCAUCAUCGUCUUCAUCAUCAUCGUCAUCCUCAUCUGGAGAUGAGCAGGAUGUGGCAAAACAGAGAGCACUGCAGACGAGUCAGAGAGCGAGGAUGACGAAAAUGUGUCAGGAAGAGACGAGUGACUCUGAGAGCUCCUGCGCUCUGAUUGAUCAGAGCAGGUACUCCCUCAGCAGCGUGCUGUCCACUGACAGCCUGCGGGGGGAGCUGUUGCUUCCAGACCUCCUGAUACAGGAACCAGAGGAGGGCGAAGAGGAGAGGACCAUGGACGGGGCCAAGGAGGUCGGACGACCUCCAGAUGCCGAUCUGUUUGUCAGCGUUUCAGCAGAUCAGAUGUUCGUCUCUGGUCGACCACGAACCACAGAGGAUCUGUUCGCUGUCAUCCACAGGUCUAAGAGGAAGAUGUUAGGAAGAAGGGAUUCAGAGGAUGAUAGACAUCGCAUCUCAUCCUCCUCUUCCUCUUCCUCCCCUCCUGUGACUCCCACUGACCCCCUUCCCCACCUGAUGCGACCUGCAGCCCUCCGAAAUCAAAGGUCGGUGAGAAGUGAGAGUUUUAAAGCUCUCCUGCUGAGGAAGGGUAGUCGGUCUGAUUCGUCUUCACGGAUCUCAGCUGUCGAGCGCCUCCGCAAGGUUGCUUCUCCCGCCACAACUGCCGACCAGCAGAGGGCACCGUCGCUGCCACCGCCUCCGGACCAACCCCAAGUCAAAGCCACAAGUUUGUUUAAUACCCCAAAUACACAUGACAUCAACACCCACCUGACUGUGGAUGUCACUGGCGUCUCCAACGUCUCCCUGCAGUCAGGACUUCUCCCUGAUGUUCGGUUUGAGACAAAGGAAUCUGAUGCAUAUCACCUCCUCUUCACCCCCUCCCCCUCUCCCUUCUUUUUCCUCUCCUCCUCUUCCAUGCGACCUCGCUCCCUCACUCCUCCCUGCUCCAGCAGCCGGCGCUUUGCCGCUCGCUGUCGCCUCUUCGCCGCCCCCAUGACCGCCAUCUUUGAAGGGGACGGUGAGGAGGAAGAGGAAGACGACGAGGUGUUUGUGGAGUCACCGGGAGCGCUUUCAGGAACCAAAGGAGAAUUGAGCCAGAGGUUGGUUGAGACUUCUUAAUGGAAAAGCCCAGGUUUAUAGAUGCAGCUGCAACGUGGAUUUGGCAGGAAUUAGCUCUGUGAUGCUUCAGCGCUUCUUCAAAUCCUGACCAUCAAAAUCACAGGAAAACAUACCUGGAUGUGACGACAUCUGGGUCUUCAGAUCCACAUCAGGUUUACUACUGUCCACCAACAUGUUGCACUGCUUCAGGAAACUGAACUGAACUGGACUCUGGACUGACUGACUCGCAGCCUGAAGCGUUUAAUUGAAUGUACCGAAGCACACUUCUCUUAUAAAGGACACGUCUCUUGUAGCCACACUUGUACGUCCGAAAACUACAGAAGCCUGAAAAGGACAUGCGUGUUAUGUUUUUUCUCGCGCUUGUGGAAUCACGAUCUUAAGAAAUCAAGCUUGUUGCGAUGAAACAAUACUGGAAAAUAACCUUACCCCGACAUAUCCAGUUAAAGUACUUAAAGUUAAACCGGUAAUUUUCUUGUGUAUUUGUCUUUUGCUUGAUUUUGCUUUGUUGUUUUUUAUUACUUGAACGGACACAGAGCAUAGAUUCAUAUUUUCUUAUUCUUUAAAAUUUGUUAAAUUCGUUUUCUCUGUUUAGUUUAAGCUAAUGUUACACUGUCAUGCUCUGGUCCUCUCUGUUACUUGAGAUCACAUAGUAAAUGUUAUUAUCUAGUACAAUAAUAAUAAUUACAAUGUUAAGCAGUUAUAUUUUAAAGAUUUUCCCAAAGUUUUCUUACCACAUCUUAGUGGCUGUUACUCGUUCAGGGUAAGUUUAAUCCUACUGAUAUUAGACUGGUGAUCAGAAUCAUUUUAACAGAUUCUAAUCAGCAAUAUGCCGAUUAUUGACAUUAUCUUAGUAAUAGGUAUUGAAUCAGCUGGGUCUGCUGGGGUUUUAAAAAGCAUGACUUUCCCCUGCAGCUAGGAAAAAACUGCACUAUAAAAACACAAGUUUUUAGAACAAUGUAACAGUGUUGAGUUGGUUUAACUCAUUAAAAACUCAAUAAUAAUAAUAAUAAUAGUAAUAUUUUAACAUUUAAUGCAAGAAGUCUUUUCACAUUUAAGGUGAAUAGAAAUAGUCAAAUUUCUGUUACAUUUAGCAAAAGACUUAAACUGUUACUGGUAACCACCACUGGAAAUCUGGCAUUAUGUACAAAUAUAUAUGGAAGCUGUAAGAGUCCACAGCUGUGAUGCUGUGAGAGACUCAAAUCGUCCACUGACUGAAAACAAGCCUCGAACUGAUGAAUAAUUUUUGUACAGCUCUUUCCGCUGAAUCAGAUCAGCUGAUGCUGAUUAUCAUCAUCAGUUUCAGAUCAGUUCUGGCAUUGUGUCAGGAUAAUAACAUCACAUUGUUCUCGUCCGGCGACUGAAACAAUGAAACUAACUGGAUGGUUCUGUCCAUUUUUACUUUUAUUAUUAAUAUUAUUACUUCAAAUAUAUUCAAAGUCAUGCUGAGCUUUUAGCUUCCUAUCCAAGGUUAGGCAGCACUGGAAAUACCUCAGCAGCUCCUGUUGAUGUUUUCUUUUGACUCAACAUUAUAAUUUACCAUUUUAUAUGUUAUUACCAGCUACACUGACUG